AUGACGUCGCACAGCAAUGCGGAACAGGAGGAGCCUACAACGGCGCUUCCGACGACGGACAGCAAAUCCGAUGUGGAAGAGGAUGUGCACAGCGAUGUGGACGAAGAGGAGAUGAAGAAGUGGCUUUCGACGACGUACGAGCGCGGCUCGAGAAAGCCCAUGAAGGAGCCUCUCACAGCACCUUGGGGUCUGUCGAUCAGCGAUGCAGAUGUGGAAAAGCUCAAAGUUGGGUUCAAAUCUCGAAGCAUGGACGACAAAUGGGACAUGCUGAUCGAGGAUCCGGACGAAAACGGCAACAUAUCUCUCCACAUCCUUCGAAACUGGCUACAGGAGGAGUGCUAUAUACUUCAUAUUGUUCCGAAACCAAGCAACGAUGAUGGCGGGAGUGCAAAGAUCCAAAGCAUCACCUGGGAAGGGAACAAGGCGGGGUUGCAAUGCGAUGCAGAGCAGGCUAAGAAGGAAGCAGUGAUUCUGUCCAGAGGUCACCUCCACUGCGAGUUUGAGACGCUCCCGCACUACCUGUCCUCGGUAUUUUGGGAUCCUCGUGCCUAUACGAAGCUGGACGCGGAAUAG